AAUUUUGACUAUUAGAAUUGGAGCCUGGAGGGAGGAACAGUUAUUUAUCUUUUCUAGAGGUACUUCUUGUUUUAAAAGAGGGGAUAUAGAGCUCAUAUUCUCAUAAUAAUAUCUCGCUUAUGACCGAAGCUGUUUUGGAGGUGGACUAAUGACAAUGUGGAGGUCAUCUUCUACUCUAACAACAUAUGUUACGCGCACACUUACUUCACCGGCGAUGUCUCGCCGCCAUUUCAUCGCAUCUUUUACCGGCUCCAGCGCAUACUUUUGCGGCUCUCCUUCAUCUUACUCUCCUUUGAUGUCACCGACGAUUUUCACUCGACACGCCGUCGUUUCGUCUUCCGGCAGCAUUUUCCGGCACAACAUCUCCUUAAAUUCCGAUAAGAGUAUAAAGGUGAAGGGGUAUGCAUUGUUGUCAACUUCGGCUGGUGAUAUUAAUGGAGCGAAGCAGGCUAUCAAUAAAAACAUUAGCGGGGAUGUUAAAGUUGAUAAUAUAUCUGAUAUGAAAAUGCUAACUACCCUGGCUAAGUACUUAUGGUCAAAGGAUAACUUUGAAUUUCGUGUCAGGGUCAUUGCAGCCGUAGGAUUCCUAGUUGGUGCUAAGGUUUUGAAUGUUCAGGUGCCUUUCCUGUUUAAACUAGCUGUUGAUUGGCUUACAACUGCAACUGGGAAUGCCAAUGCUCUUGCUUCCUUCACUGCUUCCAAUUCAUAUAUGCUCGCUUUUUUUGUUAGUCCAGCUGCUGUUUUACUUGGUUAUGGGAUAGCACGUACUGGUGCUUCAGCUUUCAAUGAAUUACGAACUGCUGUCUUUUCCAAGGUAGCUCUGCGGACAAUUCGUUCCUUAUCACGGAAGGUUUUCUCACAUUUGCAUGACCUUGACCUCCGAUAUCAUCUUAGUCGAGAAACUGGUGGUCUGAAUCGGAUCAUUGAUCGUGGUAGCCGUGCUAUAAACUUCAUCCUUUCAUCUAUGGUGUUCAAUAUUGUACCCACAUUCUUAGAGAUAUCUAUGGUGUCAGGUAUAUUGGCUUACAAGUUUGGAGCUCCUUUUGCAUGGAUUACUUCCUUGUCAGUUGCUGCAUACAUUGCUUUCACGUUGACUGUGACACAGUGGAGGACCAAGUUCAGGAAGGCAAUGAAUAAAGCUGACAAUGAUGCAAGUACAAGGGCAAUUGAUUCGCUUAUUAACUAUGAGACCGUCAAGUAUUUCAACAAUGAAAAUUAUGAAGCUGACAAAUAUGACGAGUUUUUGAGGAGGUACGAGUAUGCAGCACUGAAGACUCAACGUAGUCUUGCUUUUCUCAAUUUUGGCCAAUCUGUGAUAUUUAGCACAGCUCUAUCAACUGCUAUGGUGUUGUGCUCGCAUGGUAUCAUGGCUGGGCAGAUGACAGUUGGUGAUUUGGUUAUGGUAAAUGGUCUCCUCUUCCAGCUAUCACUUCCAUUGAAUUUUCUUGGUAGUGUAUAUCGGGAAACAAUCCAGAGUCUUGUUGACAUGAAACAAAUGUUUCAGUUGCUCGAGGAAAAGCCUGAAAUCAGGGAUAAAGAAAAUGCCAAGCCUUUGAAGCUAAAUGGAGGGAACAUUCAAUUUGAUAAUGUAAAUUUCAGUUACGUGACAGAAAGAAAGAUACUUGAUGGGAUUUCAUUUGCUGUAACAGCUGGACAAAGUGUGGCUAUUGUCGGCACUAGUGGAAGUGGUAAAUCGACUAUUCUCAGAUUGCUCUUCAGAUUCUUUGAUCCUCAUUCUGGAAAUAUAAAAAUUGAUGGUCAAGAUAUAAGUGAGGUUACUCUUGAAAGUCUGCGGAAAACUAUAGGUGUUGUGCCACAGGAUACGGUACUUUUCAACGACACAAUAUUUCACAACAUUCAUUAUGGCUGUCUGUCAGCAUCGGCAGAGGAGGUAUAUGAGGCUGCACGACAAGCAGCAAUUCAUGAUACCAUCAUGAAUUUUCCUGAGAAGUAUUCAACUAUUGUAGGGGAAAGAGGCCUAAAGUUGAGUGGGGGUGAAAAGCAGCGUGUUUCAUUGGCUCGUGCAUUCCUCAAAUCUCCUCCCAUUCUGCUUUGUGAUGAAGCUACAAGUGCGCUAGAUAGCACCACAGAGGCAGAAAUUUUGAGCGCAUUAAGGUCACUUGCAAAUAAUCGAACUUCCAUUUUCAUUGCUCAUCGUCUUACAACUGCUAUGCAAUGUGACGAGAUUGUAGUUCUGGAGAACGGAAUGGUCGUUGAGCAGGGACCACAUGAGGUUCUUCUGUCAAAGGCAGGCAGAUACUCGCAACUCUGGGCUCAGCAGAACAGCACUGUUGAUCUACUUGAUUCAGCUGUCAAGUCGUAAACUAAUGUGCAAACGAGAAAGCUUUCAAGCUGCAGGCAAAUUUGUCAAAUUGUUGUUUAGCCAGGGGCUCAGUGUGGAACAGGCAGGGUUAUCAUCCGAAAGCAAAAGGAGAAGUAACAAACUUUGUAAAAACCAGAAAAGGAGGGCAGGAUGCUGGUGGAGUGGUGGUGACUAACAACAUGAAGGAAUUGGCCAUUUCUGUGCCAGCUUUUGCAAUCCUUCCCCUGUCAAUUCUGCAUGCGCGUUCUCUCUAUCUCUAAUAAUUCAGAUUUUGGUCAAUUUUUAUACGUGGGAAAGUAGGAAUUUAUUUUUAAAGUCAGCGCUUCUUGAGGGUUGUAAAGUUACGACUGUUACGAUGUAGAAGAUUUCAAGCAUUUGAUGAUUCUGUUACCAAAUCGUUAUUCCCUACCAGGCCCACUCCCAGGAAGAUGAACAAAUAUGUUUAAUAGGAAGUUGCUUGUUAACAGUUCCCUCCAUUCCAAAACUACAUUACUCGUUUAUAUAUUAUUUUUUUGAACACAA